CUUGCAGCACUCCCAGGUCUUUUCCACUGGGUAGUUUUGAGCCAUUCUGCCCACAGCCUGGGGCCUUCAUGGGGUUGUUGUGACCCAAGAGCAGGCCCAGCCCUUGGCUUUGGUGAACCUCAUCCCACUGUCCUCAGCCAAUGGAUGCAGUCUGGCCAGAUCCUCCAACUCUGCAGCAGAUCAACACUCCACCCAAUCAAACUUGAGAGUGCCUUGAUCCCCCUCGUCCAGACCAUUGCUGGGGACAUCAAACAGACCUGGUCCCACUGCUGAGUACUGGGAAGCAUCGGCUGUGACUGGCACUUGUGGUGGUCUGAGGAGGUCAGGAUGGUGGGAUUCUGCUAGACCUCAUCCUCCUGCCCUGUGCUGGUGGUGUCUUUGCUGCUGGUUUAACUUUAGUGCUCUUUUCCUCCUUUCAGGCUGCCUGAAUUAUGGAGAAGUUUGGGAUGAAUUUUGGAGGUGGCCCAAGUAAAAAAGAUCUUCUGGACACUAUUGAGUCACAGAAGAAGCAGCUCCUGCAGUACCAGCUUCGGCUGAAGGAUGUGGUCAGAGCCUACAAGAGCCUCAUGAAGGAGAAGGAAGCUCUAGAAGCCAGCCUGAAGGUCUUGUCCGCAUCCCAUGAGGCAGAUGUGGCCUUGAGCAGUGCUCAGGUGGCUCCUUGCAGCUCCUCCCUUGCCAAUUCUGCUGAUGACAGGAGCUCGGUUCACAGUGAGGACAGUGUGGGGACGGCUGCCAGCGCAGACACUGCCACCAGUUUGGCCAGUACCAAGGGUGAACUGGGAUCUGAGGAUGACAAAGCUGCAGCCACUGCUUCCUCUCCUCGACCGGAAGAGACGAGCGGCUCUGAAAGUGGUGUCAGCACCAGCAGCGGGGAGGUGUCCUCUGCUCCUGGGGAGGUGGACAGAAGAGUUCUCCAGCUGAAGACCCAGCUAGCCACCUUGACCAGUGCUCUGUCAACAGUCACACAGGAGAAGUCCCGCAUGGAAGCCUCCUACCAAGCAGACAAGAAGAAGAUGAAGCAGGACUUGGAUGACACUGUGAAGAAAGCAGGGGACGAGACGGAGAAGUUGGAGCUGGAGCUGAGGUCCCUUCAGGAGCAGCUUGCUGAGACCAAGGCUCGUUUGAUCACUCAGCAGCAUGACAGAGCUCAGGAGCAGGGCGACCAUGCCGUGAUGCUCCGGGAGCUUCAGAAGCUGCUGCAGAACGAGAGGACCUUGAGGCAGGACGUGGAGCUGAAGCUGGAGGAGACCAGAGAGGCUCUGUCCAGGAGGUCCUGCAUGGCUGAUCGUGCUGAGGGCUACGAGCUGCAGAUCAAGGAGCUGAGCCAGGAGGUGGAGGACCUGAAGAGAGAGCUGAGAGCUGUUCAGGAGGAGAACAACAAGCCAGACCCUCGGAUACAGGACCUGCAGGAGGAGAUGACCAGCCUGAAGAACCACUUCCAAGUGCAGCUGUUGCAGGAGAUGAAGAAGACAGCACAAGCUGAGGAGCAGCUCCGCCAGCACGCCCAGAUGGAGGAGCAACGAGUGGCCAGUUUGGAAGGUAAAGUCUCUGAGGUCUCAGAGCUGCUUGGGACUUAUGAAAAAGCCAAGCAGAAGGACCAAGUGGUCAUUCAGAAGCUGAAGGACCGCAUUGUGCAGUUGGACCUGGAGAACAAGACCUUGGCCAUCGCUGCCUCCAGCCGUUCCCCUGCCAACGUUCACCUAGAAGAAGCCAACCUUGAUGUCAAUGUGCUAAAGGAUAAGAUGGAGAAGCUGAAAAAGCUUUUGAAGGCAGCAGCUGAGAAGAGUCAACCAGCUUUGGACAUUGAGAAGUUGUGUGAGUUGGAGUUUCCAAAGGGUUCCGAGGCUGGGGAUGGUGAGAAGGCCACUGCUUUGUACUACCAGCAGGAGCUGAAGCAGCUGAAGGAAGAGUUUGAAAGGUACAAGAUGAGGGCACAGGUAGUCCUCAAGAACAAAUCAACCAAAGAUGGCAACCUGGCUAAAGAACUGGAGGAAGCUCAAGAGCAGCUGGCUGACCUGAAAGAGAAGUACAUCACGCUGCAGCUGGCCUGUGACGAGCUGGAGAAGCGGCACCACCAAGACCUGGAGGCCAAGAAACAAGAGAUGUCCCAACUGCAGCAGCUCCACAGGCAGGAGUUAGAACGGUGCCAGCUGGACUACAGGGAACGGGCCCUGAGGCUGGAGGAGGAGAUGCACAAGCAGAGGGACCGAGCGCUGGCCGUGCUGGCAGAGAAGGACCAAGAGCUGGAGCAGCUGAGAUCCAUCACCUUGCCUUACGGCCUCCAAGGCUCCAAAACCUACCUGGCGUCAGGGACUGAGCUCGCCAGCAGCGACCCACCAGGUAAUGACGCCUCUGAGAUCCUCCCCCAGGCUCUCCAGCUCUCCACCGCCAAGGAGUCCACCUUCUUCUUGUAUGCAGAGCAGCUGGCUCGCAAAGAGGUGGAGAUCGUGGCCCUCAGGAAGCAGAAGCACAAACUGGAGAUGCAAGUUCACCAGCUGCAGGAGAAGGUCUUGAUGGAGGAGGAGAAGCACAAGGAAGAGGCUGCUGUGCUUCGCAGCCAAAUCCAGAAGAACUUUAGGGAUAAGAGUAGGGAAGGAGCCAACCUGGAAUAUCUCAAGAACAUUGUCUACAGAUUCUUGACUCUUCCAGAUUCUCUUGGUCGCCAGCAGACCCUCACUGCCAUCUUGACCAUCCUUCAUUUCAGCCCAGAAGAAAAACAAGAGGUUACUAAACACUCAGCUGCCAGCAGCUGGUGGCUCUCAGGGAAGAGAUGAGAUGGUGACUCUUCCUCCUUCGGUGUGGGGACAUGUUCCUGAUGGCUCACUUGUGGUGUCACUGCAUCUCUGAUCAUGCCCUGGAGCUUGCAGCAAAGGAUUGUGGGUUUCAAAAUAACUUAAAGUAGAAUUGUGCCAAAAAUUCCACUGCUGUCACAAU